AAAAUAUUGCUACAUCAAAAUGUGAUAAUAGUGUGGUAAUAAUUGGACGAAAGUUUAGUAAAUUGACUAAUUUUUUUGAGAAACCGUUAUCAUCACAUUUAUUAAAUAUACACAGUGCAUCAAAUCUAAGUCAUCUUCAGUCUUGGGAGUUAAACAGAAUUAAAGAAAAAAUGAUGUGUCUCCCUUUGACUGAUAUUGAUUCUUAUGUUAUAUUGCCUUUAUUGCAUUUACAGUAAAUUGUAAUACAUAUUCUAUAAAUCUUAAUUUAUACUUACUUAUAGAUAUAAUAUAAUAUUCAAUAAAUAAUAAGUGGUCGUCAAAUAACAUUAAGUGCUAAUAUAAUUAAUUAUAAAUUGUUAAGUAAAUAUAUGUAUAUAUAGAUCUUUAAAGUUACACAUAAUAGCUCUUAUUAUGUGUACAUCAAAAUUUAUAUUGUUUAUAAAUUAUAUUACAAAUUGUAGUUAUAAUAUGUUUAUAUUAACAGUAUUUGUAUCUAUAAUUAUUUUAAUUUGGUUAAAUCCUUACAAAUUAUCCUAUCUUUACAAUAGAGUGCAUACUUACAUGAAGAUCAUAAUAAUAUUAUACUAGGUCUUGGUAUGUUGUAAUUUUUACUAUAUCCAAUGAAAUUCAACAUGUCCCUAAUAUAUGGCUUCAAAGUGAAAAUAUUUGUUGGUUUCCUAAUUUAAAAAAAGAUGGAAAGGAAAUAUUCUUUACUAUACCACAAGUUUCCACCAUGAUAAAAAAACGUACAGAAAUAAAUGAUGUAGAUGGCACAAAUUAUGACAUAAAGAUUGUAGCAGGGCCAUUUGAAAGAGAAAGUCAAGCAAAAAAAGUGGCAAAAGCUUGGUCAGAACCAGACUCUUCUGAGAGUAGUUUUGAAAAUGAAUCGCCAGUACAGCCAGUAACUAAAAAACGAAAAGAAACUGCAAAAUGUUCACGCAAACUUGAAAACGAUUUUUUGAAGUUGCCUGUACCACCAACAUUGCCAUUAUCUGCAAGAGGAACUACUGUGGGUGGGAGUCCUCUAAUGUCAUCUGAUUUAAUUUCAGUGUCACAUGAUGGCUCAAGUCCUAUCUCUGAAAGUAAUUGCCCUAUAAGUAAUUGUUCAUACCAUGAAAGUGCUGUAUCAUGUAGUGGUCCAAUUUCAAGCAGCAUACUCGUCGAAAAUUUAAAUAACACAAAAACAUCAAGUACUAAAUUGGGACCUCUUCUAUGUGAAACAAUCACUCAUGAAUCAUAUUCUAAAUCUGAAAGUUCUCCUAGAUUAAUGAUUAAAAAGAAACAAGAAAGUGCUGUAUCACAUAGUAAUCUGACUUCAAGUAGCACACCCAUCGACAAUUUAAAAAGAACAACAACAUCAAAUACUGAGUUGGAACUUCUUCUGUCUGAUAGAAUCAAUGAAUCAAAUCCUAACUCUGGAGGUACCUCUAAUGUGAUUCAUAAUGGUCCUAGUGGUCCUAAUACAGAUAUUAGACCAUUUUUUGAAGCGAAAUCAAAUGCGGUGUAUGACAUGACCAACAUGUCCGAAGAUUGUUUGAAGACAAGUACUACAGAUGAUGAUGUUGGUAAUCUUGUGACUGGUUCAUUGAUGUUGCUAGAUGGUUCAACUAGUUUUCAAGAAAUUAAUUAUACAGAUAGUAAUGUGUAUGAUAAUAUUGAUUCUACUCUUAUUAAUAACGAAGAAACAAACAAUACAAAUACUACUGAUUCCGGUUUGAUGGAUUUGUCAAAUUUCAUUAGCAAAAAUGAAAAUUGCUGUUGCCAAAACCUUUUACAAAUCAAAUCAAUAUUAGCUACUAAUGAAAAAACAUCUAAGGCAGUUCAUAAACAAAUUAUGAUACAGUUACAUAUGCUAAACAACUCUAACGUUAAGAUAGUUAAUGCUAUGAAAAACAUGGACCAAAAGCUUCAAGUCAUAAUGAAAGCAGAUUCUAGGAUGAGGUCAUUAGCUCUGCCUAUACCUGUAUUACCAACAGCCUUGAUAACUUUAUUACCUGCAAAAUGUAUUGAAGAGGUAGACGUAGUUGAGUCCAUUCUUUCGGAUGAUAUUGAUGGCUUAAAUAACCAGGAAGAAUUGAAAUCUUACCUUUAUAUGAAGAUUGGAAGUAUGGAUUCUAUAAGCUCAGCUACACGAGCAGCAAUAAAUGAAUGUUUUAAGUAUAAUGUAUUGGCUUUCUUCAGCUUCAGAGGAAAAACUAAGCGAAGUUUUUCAAAAUUAAAAUUGUGUACUGUUAUUUAUGAAUCUCUGUCUAGUUUCCGUACUCAUUUCAAAGAUGAAGAAAAAUUCAAUCGAACCGUAGAUAACUACAUAAAACAUUCUAAACAAAAAAAUGAAGAUCAAAAUAAUGAAUAAAUACAUUUUUCCUAUAAAUUUGUACUUAGAUUUUUACAGUUAUUAUCAUUAAUAAAAUUUUAUCUUUAGCCAAAGACAAUUAUUGUAGUGAUUGAUGUUAUCUCAAGCUAUUACCCUCAUGGUUAGGUUAAUAUACUAGUACAUAUUAUGGUAUUUUUUACAAAUCUAAUAAGUACAUACA